AUGAGCUUAGCACAGCGCAUAUUGCACACACCAGCUACAUUUUAUGAGCCUAUCACAGCGAGCGCGGGUCUGAGACACAAGAACCCCCUUUUAGACGUUCAACACGACGAGCUAGACGAUUGCGGCUUUGAGCACAACAUACCACAGAUCUCUUAUGCGAGGCGUGAUCACCUAGAACGUGAACACACACCUGCAUCUCGAUUGAAUACACUAGACCUCGAGCACGUGGUAUAUAUGGAUCUCUCACGUGUAGAUCUGCAGCGAAUGGGUGUCCACACUCAAGAUACCUCAGCCCUCAGUACUUUACGCACAUCACUCCUCCCAGUCUCAGGAAAGGAAGAUCCAAACGAUCAUUUGUGA